AUGCAGCAUAUCUCCCACCCGUACGGACUCGAUUUUGUACAGCUCUCGCCGAGUGUUUUCUACCGAGAACCGCCAAAAGACGCCAGACCAACUUGGAGAGCGAUUUCAAAGGAUCCUCAUCUGAUUGUCGUUGCCACAUGGCUCAAUGCCUCCCCAACGCAGGUUCACGCUUAUUUGUCUAGCUACAAAUCCAUUUUCCCAACAUCUGGCCUACUGCUCAUUGCAACAACUACGAAGCAUUUCCUUUUCCAGCCGACUGCCCAACGCGUACGCGAACUCGAGCCUGCUCUGAGAAUUUUCAAAAACACACAAGUUCAAGAAGAAGUUUUGCUCCAUAUUUUCUCGAGCGGCGGUACUUGUGCCAUUUACCAACUUGCAUCUGCGUACAGAGACCAGACAUCCCACCCUAUUCCGGUAUCUAAGAUUGUUUUUGACAGCUGCCCGGGCGUUACGUCAUACAGCUCUACGGUGGCUGCUUUUUGCGCUUCUCUUCCAAAGAAUCCUGUCCUAUGGACCAUCGGAAACGUGUUCUACCGCAUUGUCUUCGGUAUCGGGUUGAUUGCAGAAACAUUCACUAAUUGGAAGAACAUUGUUAGAUGGGCGUACGAAGGACUGAACGAGAAAGCACUGUUUCCUGAUUCCGCUGCUCGACUUUAUUUGUACAGUUUGGCAGAUGAGUUAGUUCCUUGGAAGAGCAUCGAACAGCAUGCUGAUGAAGCACGCAGCAUGUGUCAAAAGGUUUGGAGAGUGAGAUAUACGAGCACGGCUCAUGUCUACCAUAUGUUUCAGGAUCGAAGGAAAUAUUGGGAUGCCGUGAUAGGUAUAUGGGAUUCAGAUUAUUUGUCGGCUCCAGGGAGAAUUCGUGUGGCGUUUUAG